GUGCGCGCGCGCUCGUCUCUGUGUCUGUUGGGGGAGGAUUCGCAGCUCCCGCGACCCUCCGUCCUCCCCUCCGAGAGGCCUCCUUCUCCGCCUGGCGCAGGAUGGACCCCGCGGGGAGCCCGCUGGACUUGGGCUUCUGCCCGUCGGCGCCCUGCCUGCUGGUGGAGGACUCGCAGCCGGAGCCGGACUCCGCCCAGGACGACGGCGAGGAGCCGCAGGCCCUGCCCGGCCUGAAGAGGAGGUGGCAGCGACCAGGGGCGCAGGACGAGGCGGAUGGGCCGCGGGUCGUUCCGGGAGCGAAGGCGGCAGGAGGAGGCCCGGAGGAGCAGCAGGAGGAGGGCCGGGGCUCUGAGGGGGCUGAGCGGGGUCCCGCAGGGGGCUCUGGGCCCGCUCCCUUGCCGCCUCCGCUGCCGGCCUCCGACUCGCCCCGCGCCCUCCUCAGCCAGGUCUUGGAGCAGCUGCCGCCGCCGCUCGCCAGGAACACCAGGGCGGCGGACGACCCUCGCGGCGGCGCUGCUGCUGCACCGGGCUCUCUCUGCGCGGAAGAGUCAGGCAUGUCGCAGCUGGGCUUCGGUGUUUUGGAGCUCUCCCAGAGCCAGAACCUUGAAGGAGACUCCACAGCUAGUGUGGUUAGUGAUAAGGAGCAGCUGCAACCCAAAGUGGCCUUGGAAGAAGAGGAGCAGGAGGAGGAUUCCAAAGGCGAUCCAGAUGAAGUGACAAAGUCUGGGAGUGACUCUCCUGAUAGCAGCACCCCAAAAAUUCUGCAGUUCCAUAAAGAACCUGCAAGGAGUCCAACUUCUGCCUGCCAUCCACUUGACAGAAGGCCACAAGGGACGGAUCCCUCUGGGUGGCAUACACAGGAUGCUGAUGUCUUAUCUACUCAGGAGGACAUGUUUGGCCAGAGCAGCACAACAGAUGGUGACAGUGCUGUGUCUAGAGUGGAAGCAGCAAAUUCUCCAGUGUGCACUCCUGCCGAUUCUCUGCAUGUCCUUCAUCUCUCUGGACAGGGACCUCUUUCCAUUUGUGCUUCAGGCCUUCCUACGCCAUCUCCUGGCAUCUCACAUUCUGUACCCCUCAUCAUUCCAAGAAGCCCAACAGAACAGGGAACAGAAGCAGCAGCAACAGGAGGAGGAGGAGGAGGGAAGCAAGAAGAAGAGCCAAAGGAGACUCGGACUCCAGGUCUUCCUCAGUCCUCUACACCUGUCGCUCAAGAUGCGCCAGCUUUUACUCCAGCAUUCACUCCCAUACCAUCACAACCAGAGUUCUCCCAUGACACUUUCCUCCCAACUCCAAGCUUAGAGAAAGGGCCUGAGGCACAGACAGAGAAAGGAGAUGAUUGUGGUAUCAAUUUGCCAGCAGACAGCUCUGAAGACCCUGAGGCACCUGCAUCUAUUGUGGAGGGCCCUUUGUCAUGGCCCUCAGGUGAGGCCUGCCUAUUGGCGCUGUCUGCUAGUGAGUGCAGCCAGUCCACUGAGGCUGUGCAGCCUGAGGAAGCAGCCAUGGAAGCUCAUGGUCCUCCAGCAGAGAAGCUUGGCUUGGAUGGUAGAUGUAGCGAGCAGCAGCGGUUUAAUGAGGACAUCCAUGCCUCAACUGGGCAGCCUGCAGGAAGAGGUUCCACUGCCCAAGUUGGAGUUGGAGAUGACCUUGCAAGUCAGGGCCACCUCUUGUGCCAGGGGUCUCAAGAGCCAGAAUAUGAAGCUGUCCCAGAAACGCCUGGUGAAGCACAAGGAGAAGCUGAGCUGCUGAGGGACGGAAGGUCUUGCCUUCACUCGACUCACUCUCAGGAAGAAAAGGUGGACCAGCAUGUGGAACCUGCUGUAGGCAGAGAAGACUCUGAGAAUGUGCUCCAGGCAGCUGGAGAGCCUGCACACCCAGAUCCAGCAAACUUAAAAAGAGACCCCUUGGAAGACUCCGGGGAGGAGGCGUCCCUGAGGAUCGGCCCUGGGGUGACACUGAAGCUCUCUGACUCCCAACCAGAGCUGGAGGGAAGCAGGUCCCAGGGGAGGUCCAGCGUUGCCCCUGGAGUGGGGCUGCCUGCUGCCAUCUCUCCAGGCAGAAGCAACUUGGGAAGUGUGCUGGAGGAGGAGGAGAGCUUGCCACUUCUGCCCCCCCAGGGGGAAGGGGGUGGUGUGCCAGCAACAGCCAAGGAGGAUGAAACUGCAGAGAGCCAAGCAGCAGCAGCACCUCCAGAGCAAGGCAGUAGGAAGUCUGCUGCCCUUCCAUCAGUUGCUGCAAGGGAAGAUUCAGAGCUGGGGCCCUUGCCUGGGAAGGAGAAAGCACCAGCAGUGACUUUGGAAGAGGGAUCCCAUUCUGGGAGUGCAGAGGACCAGAUGGAGAUCCAGCAGAAGCCAUGUGGGCUGGACAGAGAGGUGCAGCUGUGCCAGAGGGGUCCUGAGCCACAUGCUAGCCUGCCCAGCGAAACCCCCUUUCAUCUCGCCCUGCUGAAGGAGAAGCAUGUGACUGAGCCUCUGACAGGCAUCACCCCACCUCACAUUGGCCAGCUGAAGAAAGGCCCUAGGCGACACAGCACUCCUAUUGAGGCUGGAAACUGCCCGGACAAUACCAUAGCAACCAGCGAUGUCACAGCUGAGGGCACCAACAAUGUGACAGUGGAGAGUGCUCUGACCUCUGUUGAGAUGGAGGAGAGUGGCAAAGGGAGCGCUGAGGCCGCCUGUGAGGAGCAGGGGAAGCUGUCCUUGCGCAUGAACCUUGUGACCCCUGUGACGGAAGAGAGUGACGAGUCCCUGCCCUUCAGCCUGGACAAGCCCACAUCCAGUGAAAAGAAGAACGGGUCUGUCACAGGAGUUGUUUCCAGCUCCCGGAAGGUGCCAUCCGUCUUCACACGAGUCUGUGAAGUACAGCAUGAAGAAGACAAGGCUCAACGCCCUGAGCUGCUUUGUUCACUGUUCAGGGGUGACCUGUUCAAUUUCCCAAGUUCCCAGGAGGAGCAGGAGCCACCUGCAACCUGGCAGAGCCAGCGAAGGCUUGUGCCCCUGGGUUGUGGACCAGUCCAGGACUCUGGCUUGAGCGCUAAGCGGACAGUGGGUUGUGCGGAGGAGGGAGAGGCCAUGGAAGUGGAAGCAGCAGGAACUCAGGAGCAAAAAGAACAGAGGGCCCCCCAAAAGGCAGCUUCCGUUCUGGUGGCUGCAGGGAAUGAUGGAGCUCAAAUGCCAAAAUCUGGCACCAGCAGCAAGGGGACCCAGGCUGUGGCAGAGUUCCUUCAAGGGCCAACGGAAUUCACGUCAGCAGCCACGCAGACAGUGCCUACUGGCCAGGUGGAGGUGGGGACCAGCACGGCUGGGUUGUUGCCUGGACAGCAGGACACUAAAGUGCAGGUGGAAGAGGACCAUGGAUCUAGGCCUGCCAGGGCUGGGCAUGCGCCAGGGACCCAGCACAACCAGCAUGAGGAAGGGUUUGAUUUGCCUCGCCCGCCCCCAGGCAGAGCCCUCCGGCGUCAUAUACGCACCAUCCGCGAAGUACGAACUGUUGUCACACGACUCAUCACAGACAUCUACUACAAGGAUGGUGCAGAAGUGGAACGCAAGGUAGUGGAGGAGAGAGAGGACCCCAUCAUGGAGUGCCAGGAGAGCGAGGUGGACGUCUCCCCCUCUCGCACGGGAGGCUCUUCUUCGCUUGCCUCUGGAGACCUUGGUGACAUCAGCUCCUUCUCAUCCAAGGCCUCUGGCCUCCAGCGCAUGUCCAGUGGAGGGAGCAGUGGCUUGUCCGUCACACACAGUGGGACAAGUUCUGGGCAAGGAGGCACUCUUCUGAGAGGAGGGAGACCUUGCCAAGGAGCUGGGCCUGGAGACUUGGCCUUCCCAGGGGUCAGAAAGCUCAGCCCUAGGAAGGGGGGCAGCCAGCCUCAGUCUCCAGUCCAUCCUGACCACGCAGCAGUUACUGGGGGGUGUGAGGAGGAAGCGCAAGGCGUGAUCAACCAGAGGGGUGGCAGAGCCCCUCCAACUCCUCGCAGACGAGGGCGAAGGGGCCGCCUCACAUCGCGAUCGGCCGGAGCCAGGGCCAGCCUGCCAGCUGUGGAGGAUCUUUCAACGACAGCCUUGCCAGAAGAGGACUGCCACACGCAUCGCCCUUUGAAGGGGCAGGACCGCAGCAUCUCCCCCGAAAUCCCCUUGCAAGAGCGUCUGGGGGUUUCUACCAGCACAGAGCUUUCCUCUGCCACCACCUCCUCUUCUGCGAACAGCUUUGUGGGCCUCCGGGUGGUGGCAAAGUGGUCCUCGAAUGGCUACUUCUAUUCUGGGACUAUCACACAGGAUGUAGGGGGUGUCAAAUAUAAGCUGCGCUUUGACGAUGGCUAUGAAUGUGAUGUUCCGGGUAAAGACAUCUUGCUGUGCGACCCUCUCCCCCUGGAAACAGAGGUGACGGCCCUUUCAGAGGACGAAUACUUCAGUGCAGGGGUAGUGAAGGGGCACCGGAAGGAGGCUGGGGAGCUGUUCUAUUGCAUUGAGAAGGAGGGCCAGCGGAAGUGGUACCGGCGGAGAGCAGUCAUCUUGUCUUUAGAGCAAGGGAAUCGGCUCCGAGAGCAAUUUGGGUUGGGCCCCUACGAGCCUGUCAUGCCCCUGACAAAGGCGGCUGACAUCAGCCUUGAUAACCUGGUGGAAGGAAAGCGGAAAAGGCGCAACCUUGGCUCCCCCAGCACCUCCAACAACACAACACCCACCCGCAAGGGCCCUGAGAGCCCCCAGACCCCGCACAGGCUGCAGUCUGGCAAGAGGAAGCUGGUUGUCUCAGAAGAGGAGAGAUCCCCUGCCAAGCGAGGGCGGCGGGCAACCCCUACAAAGCCAGGGGCUGCCUGUUCCAGGGAAGCAGUGAGCCCAUCUGUCAGUGGCGUGGACUUGGGAGAUAUCGUGGCAACAGAUGACCGAUGGGGGCCUAUGCCCCACAACAAGACUCUCUUUCUGGGCUAUGCCUUUCUCCUCACAAUGGCAGACCCCACAGAUAAACUCUCCAGUUGCCAGGAGUCUGCAGUGAGCAGCGAAGAGGAAGACUUCUUGGAGGUAACACCUUACAACAAACACUACAUUGGACUGCAGCUGCAAGCUGGAGGUGGUUUCAUCCUGGAGGACUUCAAUGAAAGCCAGUGCAGUGCAGCCUACCAGUGCUUCCUGAUAGCAGACAGACACUGCCGGAACCGGAUUUACUUUCUGUGCCUUGCCCGAGGAAUCCCCUGUGUGUCUCACGUCUGGGUCCAUGACAGUUGUCAUGCCAACCAGCUGCAGAACUACCGGAAUUAUUUGUUGCCAGCUGGUUAUAGCCUGCAGGAGCAGAGGUUGCUGGACUGGCACUCCCGUGAGAACCCUUUCAAUAAGCUGAAGGUGCUUCUGGUGUCCAGUGAACAAGACUUCCUGGAGCUCUGGUCUGAGAUUCUUAUGAUGGGGGGCGCUGCUUCUGUUAAGCUGCAGGAAUCUGCCUCAUGGAGCAAAGAUGUGAGUCUGGCUGUGUUUGAUGUCGUGGUGACUGAUGCUUCGUGCCCAACAGCUUUCUUGAAAUGUGCUGAAGCGCUACAGCUGCCAGUGGUGACCCAAGAGUGGGUGAUCCAGUGCCUCAUUGCUGGGAAGAAAGUUGGAUUCAAACACCCAAAGUAUCAGCUUGAUUCUGUCCCCAGUUGAACUUUUUUUGCUUUGUGGAGGCUGUCAUUGUCACCCAGGUUUUAAAUGUCUGUGUCACUUGAAAUGUGCAUGAAGUGCUGUAUAUAGUUUUAACUUCUGGACUUUUAUGAUAAUAAACGUCAAUUUUCUUGUUGCAGUA